UCCUUCCCCCUUAUGUAAACGAGAAAGAAAACGGCCGAACCAACAAGAGGAGAGAGGAGAGGGCUUUCGACAAAGAGAAAGAAAAGAAAUAAAAGGAAAAGUGUUUUGGUUAUCUCCUUUACUAACAAAAACAAGAGAUAAAAAUUUUUCGUUUCUUUUAUUUUUUGCCUUUCAAAAUAAAAACCCCCCCCUCUCUCGUUUUUAAAUUAUUAAAAAAAAGAAAAAGAAAAAUUAACCGUUGUGCAAAAAAUUGAUUCCCGCCAUGGGGGCUCAGCUAGAGCACCAACAGCAGCAGGAGGAACCUUGUUUAGACAAUUUGCAGAAGGCAAAGUCUUUGAUCUGUGCCCUUAACUUUGUCUCCAGAAACCUCCCUCUCCCUCCUGACUUAUUCGACGUCGUUUCCUCUAUUUGUUUUGAUGAACAAGAGGGGCUUCCAGAGGCCCUUCAUGAUGGGACCCAUGUUCAGGCUGGAUCUGAUCCCGCUGGAGCUUCCCGGACGAGUUCGGAUGAUCCUUCUAAUUCUAAGAAGGAUGAUUUAUUGCUUGAACUUGAUGAUGCCCUAUCACAACAACGCUCAAAAUGCAUGUCUGGCUUUGGCUUAGCAGAAUCAAAGGAAAAUAGUUACCAGAGCCACAUUCGUCAUCGGUUGAAUGAGCUUGAAGAUUUGCCUUCGAGCAGAGGGGAGGACCUGCAGACAAAGUGCUUACUUGAACUCUAUGGACUAAAGCUAGGAGAGUUACAAAGCAAGAUACGUUCUUAUAUAAGUUCUGAGUAUUGGCUUCAUGUCAACUGUUCAUUUCCUGACAAGCAAUUGUUUGACUGGGGCAUGACACGAUUACCUUUUCCUUCAUAUGGCAUUUUCGUUCCAUUCACUACAGAAGCUGAUGAUCAAGCAAGAAAGAAACGGGAUAAUGAGAGGCUAUCACGAUUGAGAGAGGAGGAAAGGAACCAUUUGGAGAAUAGAAAGAAGAAAUUUUUUUCAGAAAUAGUUAACGCAUUCCGUGACUUCCAAUUACAAAUUCAAGCUACUCUAAAGCGUCGAAAACAAAGGAAUGAUGGUGUUCAGGCUUGGCAUGGAAGGCAAAGACAACGUGCUACAAGAGCAGAGAAAUUGAGGUUCCAGGCCCUCAAGGCUGAUGAUCAAGAAGCAUAUAUGAGAAUGGUAAAGGAGAGCAAGAAUGAACGAUUAACUAUGCUUCUUUCUGAAACAAAUAAGCUCCUUGUUAAUUUAGGAGCUGCUGUUCAACGGCAGAAAGAUGCUAAACAUUCAGAUGGUAUUGAAGAUUUGAAAGAUUUAGAUUCUGAUUCACCUGAGUUGGAUGCUUCAAAGGAUGGAACUCCUCGAGAUUCACCUCCUGAAGAAGAUAUAGAUGCGACUGAUUCAGAUCAGAAUGAUGAAUCUGGUGAUCUACUUGAAGGUCAGCGGCAGUACAACUCUGCUAUUCACUCGAUUCAAGAGAAGGUAACGGAGCAACCAUCCAUGCUUCAAGGUGGAGAGUUAAGAUCAUACCAGUUAGAAGGGCUUCAAUGGAUGCUUUCUUUGUUUAACAACAACCUUAAUGGAAUUUUAGCUGAUGAGAUGGGGUUGGGAAAAACAAUACAGACUAUUUCCUUAAUUGCAUAUCUCAUGGAAUACAAAGGGGUGACUGGGCCCCACUUGAUAGUGGCUCCAAAAGCUGUACUACCAAAUUGGAUCCAUGAAUUCUCUACCUGGGCUCCUAGCAUUUAUGCAGUCCUGUAUGAUGGUCGUUUGGAUGAGAGGAAGGCGAUGAGGGAAGAAAUAUCAAGAGAUGGAAAAUUUAAUGUGUUGAUCACACAUUAUGAUCUUAUUAUGAGAGAUAAAGCAUUCUUGAAGAAGAUACACUGGUACUACAUGAUUGUCGAUGAAGGGCAUCGGUUAAAGAAUCAUGAGUGUGCUCUUGCACGGACCCUCAUCUCAGGCUAUCAGAUCCAGCGUAGACUUCUCUUAACUGGGACUCCAAUACAAAAUAGUUUACAAGAAUUGUGGUCCCUCCUUAACUUUCUACUCCCAAACAUUUUCAAUUCAGUUCAGAAUUUUGGGGAGUGGUUUAAUGCCCCCUUUGCGGAUCGCGGCGAUGUUUCUCUUACAGAUGAAGAACAACUCUUGAUUAUUCGUCGUCUCCAUCAUGUUAUAAGGCCAUUCAUCUUAAGGAGAAAAAAAGAUGAGGUGGAGAAAUACCUUCCUGGAAAAUCCCAGGUUAUACUCAAAUGUGAUCUGUCAGCAUGGCAGAAAGCAUACUAUCAGCAAGUAACAGAAAAAGGCAGGGUCGGGCUAGACAAUGGGUCUGGGAAAUCAAAGAGCCUCCAAAACUUGACAAUGCAAUUGAGGAAGUGUUGUAACCAUCCAUACCUCUUUGUGCCUAACUACAAUAUGUGGCAAAGAGAUGAGAUUAUCAGAGCAUCAGGGAAAUUUGAGCUCCUUGAUCGGUUACUCCCAAAGCUUCAGAGAACUGGCCAUCGAGUCCUGCUUUUCUCCCAAAUGACUCAUCUGAUGGACAUUCUUGAAAUAUAUCUGAGACUCAAUAAUUUCAUGUAUCUUAGACUUGAUGGCUCAACAAAAACCGAGGAAAGAGGUGCUUUGCUGAAGAAGUUCAAUGCUCCAGACUCUCCUUAUUUUAUGUUUCUUUUAAGCACUCGUGCUGGAGGUCUUGGGCUGAACUUGCAGACAGCAGACACUGUAAUAAUUUUUGAUAGUGACUGGAACCCCCAAAUGGACCAACAGGCAGAGGAUCGAGCCCAUCGUAUAGGCCAGAAGAAGGAAGUUAGGGUUUUUGUGCUGGUUAGUGUUGGAUCAAUUGAAGAGGUCAUUUUAGAGCGUGCAAAGCAGAAGAUGGGUAUUGACGCCAAGGUCAUCCAGGCUGGACUGUUUAAUACAACUUCCACAGCCCAGGACAGAAAAGAAAUGCUGGAAGAAAUCAUGCGUAGAGGAACAAGCUCACUUGGAACAGACGUUCCAAGUGAAAGAGAAAUCAAUAGACUUGCAGCUCGUUCGGAUGAGGAGUUCCGUCUGUUUGAGCAAAUGGAUGAGGAAAGAAGACUAAAGGAGAACUAUAGGUCUCGUCUCAUGGAAGAUCGCGAGGUACCUGAGUGGGUAUAUGAACUUAAUAAUGAUGAAAGGAAAGCCAAAGGUUUAGAAAAUAGCAAUAAUGUCGAAUUAGGGAAGCGAAAAAGAAAGGGAGGGAACUAUUAUCCUGAUACAAUGAGUGACUUACAGUUUAUGAGGGCUGUGGAAAACGCAGAAGACGUGAUGAAAUUAUCAAGUAAAAAGAAGAGAAAAGACCAUCUGCCUCCUGAGGGUAAUGAAUCAGCUGGUAAUAAUGUAGGAGUAGAGAAAAAGGUAGUCGAAUUUAGGAAUGAGAAUAUGCCAGCUUUAAGCGAGGGAACAAGUGAAGAUACCUACGGUUCAGGUCCAAAGAGACCCAAGUCCAAUGGGGAAAUGGCAGAGAAUCCCAGAUAUCAUGCUGUUGGAGGAAGCUCGUGGAAUGACGGAAUAAUUACAUGGUAUACUCACAAGAAGAAGAGGUCAAGCUAUGUUGUCCCAACUUCAUCAUCGGAUUCUAGAGGGCAGAAUUCCAGCGGAAGAGGAAAUGGAUGGGUUUGAUAUAAAUUUCCUGAGCUCAGUAUGAUUUAUCCCAUGAAAUUACUCUGCUACUAUUAUGUAUCUACUGUACAAGUUUAUGAGAAGUUUUAAUUUUGCCCUCACUAAAUUCAGUUAAAAAAAAUAUUAUCAUCGUCCCAAAUUGUCAAUUUUU